AUAAAAAGACUAGCGACACCAAUCAUUAAGGCAUAUCUGUCUCCCCGAAUCGCAACAAUCGUUAUUCUAACAAUUCUUUAUUUGCUGUUGGCCGUUGUUCAUGUCGUACUAUUUAAGAAUUGCAAAUUGCUAUGCGUGCAAUUAACGUUAACUACGGUCGUGGUAAAUGACAAAGUGACACUUGUGCUUUUGCUUCUGACACUGUUGUCCAUGACGAAAGUGGAGGGUUGGAUUACCACUGGUUUAAUGUCAUUAACGUUAAUUACCGUCGUUAUUAUAAAGCUCUUCGGUAUCGCCAUUGCAUAUUACGAUCUGGUGGACAUGAGCGGUGACUGGUCGUAUUUAAUAGAAUUUGGUUUCGGCGUUAUAUUAAUCGCCAUUGUAGUCGGGAUAGAGUUGCUCGUAAUUAUGCGCGCGCUGACAGCGGUGGCCAUUGUCGCCGCUGUAUUCGGUACAUUCCUCAGCUCGGUGUCGCUGAUGGAUCUGCAUCAGAAUAUGAGCAUCAAUUCUUGGUGGUGGGAGAAAAAGCUGAUCAACGGGUGCGCGUAUCACGUGGUCAGGCAGUACACGCUGUUAUGGUGUCUACGAAUCGAGGAGAAACCACGCGUGAUAACGAUCUUCGAUAGUGCGCCUCAGGAGCAGGAGCUCGAUGUGACUGUGUCAAAUAGCCAAUGAAAUUCCGACGCCUGUUCUUAACGCCGCGUUAACUCUUUCUAUAAAUGUAUAACACGCGCAGCAUCGGGAUUUCGCGGAAUCGCGAUUUUGUUUCUUACGUUUUCUGAUUUAGACGAUAUCGCCGGAACACGAUUUCUCAAAUUGCUCUCCGCACGGAGAUACACAGGAAUCCAUGAAGUAUCAUUAAAGAAUUACACACGUGAAAUAUAUCGUCGAUUCGAUAUCCUUACGAUCCGUACGAUCGUAACGACUAGCUGGAGGGACUUUGACACAGUCGUGGGUAUUCCAAAGAAAACACUGCGUAUGCGUAACAUCAGCGUAGAAACUGAACUUGCUUUAAAUUAAGAGACUCGAUUUUAUAGCUAUCGCCGUUUCUUCGCUUUCUGAAGUGAAUGGCCGCAUCGAAUAUCUAGGAAUCUAUUUUACGAGUAGCUCGCAAUCUAUACGCGUAUGCUAUCAGCUAUACUACUUCCUCUUGAACCAUAUGUCUUGCUGCAUAGAACAUGCCUAUUUUAAAACGUUCUUGACGUCUGAGUUUUGUAACGUUAUUCUUUAUGCAUUUAUAAUUGCCU